AAUGCAUCAAACAUUAACUCUAGUCUCUUGUUUAGUCUAUGAUUUCGGCGACUUGCUUUGGCGGCGCUUUGUUUAGGUUAUAUUUUUCAAUUUCUAGGUAAAAGAAGUAAACAGCAAAAAUGGCGGCGGCUAUGCCAAUCAACCCUAAACCCUUCCUGAACAGUCUUACUGGCAAAUCAGUACUUGUAAAACUAAAAUGGGGCCACGAAUACAAAGGAUUACUAGUGUCGGCCGAUGGAUACAUGAACUUGCAACUAGCAAACACUGAGGAAAUCGUCGACGGCUCAUGUACAGGUAAUCUUGGAGAAGUUCUUAUUAGGUGUAAUAAUGUUCUCUAUGUAAGAGGCGCCGAGGAAGAAGAUGAAGAAGGAGAAAUGAAAGAAUAACAAAUGCAUUAAUCUUUAUAAUUAUACCAUAAGAUUAGGAUAAGCUUUCCAUAUUUGUAAGUUCUGUGAAUUUAAUACAGAAAUGGUAUUUCUGUAAAA